AUGUACCUCACCGUAGCUUCAGCUCUCCUCGUUCUCGCUCUUGCGACAGCCAGAUCCCUCUGGUCUGAGUCCCCCGGUAGCUAUGCGGAUCUCAUAACCACUGCGUUUCCAUUAGGAAAUGGUCGGUUGGGAGCAAUGCCGCUCGGCUCCCCCGGUAAGGAAAUCAUCAAUCUGAACAUCGAUUCAUUGUGGCGAGGCGGCCCAUUCGAGAACGCAUCUUAUUCCGGGGGUAAUCCCAGCAUCUCCAAGGCAGAUGCCCUCCCCGGCAUCAGGGAGUGGAUCUUCCAGAACGGCACGGGGAACGUCUCGGCGCUGUUGGGGGAGUUUCCCGAUUACGGCUCCUUCCAGGUUCUUGCGAAUCUGACGGUCGAUCUGGGUAAUCGCGAUAUGGAUAUGGAUACUGUGCGAGAUUACCGACGGAGUCUGGAUCUGCAGACGGGGGUUUAUGAUGAUCGGUUCAGUGCGGGAGAAAAAGAGGCAUUCUGCUCGUAUCCCGACCAGGUAUGCGUUUACCGACUCGCAUCCAAUACAAGUCUCCCGGCUGUCGCGAUCCAUCUGGAGAAUCGGCUUGCGUCGCCGGAGCCGGAUGUCACCUGCUCGGGGAAUAGUAUCAGUCUGUAUGGACGGACUUUUCCGGCGAUUGGGAUGUUAUACAAUGCUAGAGCGACGGUAGUAGUUCCUGGACUGAAAAGGAAUCUGUGUGUGCAAUCUGCUGUCCAUGUGCCAGAAGGUCAGAGGGAGAUUGUCGUUGUGGUUGCAGCUGGAACGGAUUACGAUGCUUCCAGAGGAAAUGCGGCAGCCGGUUUCUCUUUCAGAGGGGAGGACCCCUAUGAUGGUGUGCUAAAGACAACGUCCAGGGCAGCCAGAAAGACUUAUUCACAGCUCAAGUCGGCGCAUGUCAAGGACUUCCAGAGCAUCUUUGAUGGCUUCACCCUCACCCUCCCAGAUCCACACAACUCCGCGAGCAAGCCAACAACCGAUCUCAUCACCUCCUACACUCAGCCGGGCAACCCCUAUGUCGAGAAUCUGCUCUUCGACUAUGGUCGGUAUCUGUUCCUCUCGUCCUCGCGACCCGGGAGCCUUCCGCCGAACCUGCAAGGGCUCUGGACGGAACAGUACUCUCCGGCGUGGAGUGCGGAUUACCAUGCCAACAUCAACCUGCAAAUGAACCACUGGGGAGUCGAGCAAACAGGACUCGGCGGGCAGACGGAGCCGCUCUGGACUUAUAUGCUUGAGACCUGGUUGCCGCGGGGUGCCGAAACGGCGAGGCUGUUGUAUGAUGCUGAAGGGAUGAAAAAUUCGGCACAAUGGGCCAACUAUCCGGCUGUCAACGCAUGGAUGUCCCAGCAUGUCUGGGAUCAUUUCGACUAUACUCGGGAUGUCGAAUGGUAUCAAACAGUCGGCUAUCCAAUCCUCAAAGGCACGGCACAGUUCUGGCUCUCGCAGCUCGUCAAGGAUGAGCACUUUGACGACGGAACCUGGGUCGUCAACCCGUGCAACUCGCCAGAACAUGGCCCAACGACCUUCGGAUGCACCCACUACCAACAGCUCAUCUGGGAAGUCUUCGACCACGUCCUUCGCGGCUGGGACGCAUCCGGCGACACAGACACCUCCUUCCGAUCAGCCAUCGCCUCCAGAUUCACUUCCCUCGACAACGGCAUCCACAUCGGCUCCUGGGGCCAGAUCCAGGAGUGGAAGCUCGACCUCGACACCCAGAACGACACGCACCGGCAUCUGUCGAACCUCUACGGCUGGUAUCCGGGCUCCUCCAUCUCCUCGGUCCACGGCCACAACUCCACCGUCACCGACGCGGUCGCCACAACGCUGACUUCGCGCGGGACCGGCGUCGAGGACUCGAACACCGGCUGGGGGAAGAUGUGGCGUAGUGCCUGCUGGGCUCUUCUGAAUGAUACCGACAGCGCAUACGCGGAGCUCACGCUCGCCAUUCAGAAUAACUUCGCGGCGAACGGGUUCGACAUGUACUCUGGCAACCCGCCGUUCCAGAUCGAUGCCAACUUCGGCAUCUUGGGAGCUGUCAUGUCUAUGCUUGUGAGGGAUUCGGAUCGAGCUGCGGAUGAUGUUCGCGUGCAGGCUGUGCUGCUGGGGCCUGCUAUUCCGGCGGCGUGGGGAGGGGGGAGUGUAAACGGGGUGCGAUUGAGGGGUGGUGGAAGGGUGGGCUUCCGAUGGGACGAUGCUGGAGUUAACCGUACUGCCAUGGACUCCGUCAGAAACAAAGUCUACGCCGUCACCGGCGUCGCGGGGAUCGGCCUAGCCGUCGCGCAGCAACUGCACGCCCGCGGCGCGCGCCUCUCCCUCGCAGACAUCGACGCCGCCGCUCUCGCCAGCGCAUUCGCGAAACUCGGCGCCGACAGAGAGAGUGUUCUCACGACGGUCGUGGACGUGGGGUCCGCCGCUUCCGUGGACGCGUGGAUCGAGGCCACGGUGCGGAAAUUCGGGCGGCUGGACGGCGCGGCGAACAUGGCGGGGACGAUUGGGCGGAAGCACGGGGUCGGGAAGCUCGUGGAGCAGGAUGAUGAGGAGUGGGAUUUGCUGAUCAGAGUGAAUCUGACGGGGAUGAUGUACUGUCUGCGGGCGGAGGUGAGGGGCAUUGCGGCGACCGCGGGCGAGGGGAGUAUCGUCAAUGCGUCGAGUAUUCAGGGGGUGAGAGGGUUUGCGCUGCAUGCGGCGUACUCGACGACGAAGCAUGGGGUUGUGGGGUUGACGAAGAGUGUGGCGAAGGAGGUUGGGCCGGCCAUCAGGGUCAAUGCGGUUGCUCCUGGGACGAUCCAGACGCCGUUGCUUGACAAGGCCCGUGAUAUUCAGGGUACGUUGAAUGCUAUGCCCACGGCGAUUCCGCGCAUUGGGACGGCAGAUGAAGUCGCGCAGUCGGUGCUGUUUCUGCUGAGUGAUGCCUCGUCGUAUACGACUGGCUUGGUUCUGAAUGUUGACGGUGGUUGGGAUCCUUGA